ACACAGGCAAUCCCCAUUCUGGCCACGGCCAAUAUACACACUCCUAACCCGCCAGUGGAACUCCAUCUAAGGAAGGACCACACUCCUAGUCUGCCUCCACAGACCAACAAGCACACAACCCAUCCGACAUGGCUGACCAACUAACAGAGGAGCAGAUUGCAGAGUUCAAGGAGGCUUUCUCCUUAUUCGACAAGGAUGGUGAUGGCACCAUUACCACCAAAGAGCUCGGCACCGUCAUGAGGUCGCUGGGCCAGAACCCCACAGAGGCUGAGCUGCAGGACAUGAUCAAUGAGGUGGACGCUGACGGUAAUGGAACCAUCGACUUCCCUGAGUUUCUGACCAUGAUGGCCAGAAAAAUGAAGGACACAGACAGCGAGGAGGAGAUCCGUGAGGCUUUCCGGGUAUUUGACAAGGACGGCAAUGGCUACAUCAGCGCCGCAGAGCUCCGUCACGUCAUGACGAACCUGGGAGAGAAGCUAACGGACGAGGAGGUGGACGAGAUGAUCAGAGAAGCAGACAUCGAUGGAGACGGACAGGUCAACUACGAAGAGUUUGUACAGAUGAUGACUGCAAAGUGAAGCUUGCCCGCCCCGUCCUGUCCCCUCUUAGAAGAAAAAAAAAGGAAAAAAAAAAAAAAUCAAAAUGUUUUACUUACCUCUUGGAAAAAAAAAAUGUUCAUUUAUUCAUACUGUUUCUGUAUAGAAAAUAAUUGAAUGUUGAAAUAAAAUAUCCUUCUGUCCACACAGGAAAAAUAUAAAAAUAUACAAAAAAUAUCUGCAUGAAAAUGAUGGUUAGUGAUCCUGUCCCCUCCCCCCGGAGAUCAGUUUAGCAUCAGUACUUAACAAGUAACAAUAAUAACAACAAACCCUGUAACUACUACCUUCAGACUAAAGCAGAAGCAUUUGGCGAACUCCUUCCAGUUCCAUUUGCUCGUGGUAAAUGUCUGGGCUGGCCAUCUCUUCUUUCUCUCUCUGUUUUCUGUUCUUCAUGCAUGCAGCUUGAGACCGGAGCACUAACCCCCCCGCCCUCCCCUCAUCCCUCCUCCGGGCUACCAGAGCGUGCUGAUUCCACUAUAAGCUGUCCUCUUGUUGGUUUGGUACAGUUUUUUUGUAUUUGGAGAGGAACCCUGUACUGUGAAGAUGAGAGAGUAACCAGGUUCUAACUCAAGCGUCAAAGUGGAACGGGACUUAAUUGUAUGCUAGAUAAAAAGAGAUAAAAAAAAAAAAACAA